UUUGUGUAACCGGCGAGAAUUUUUUGACUCCUUGCACAUAUCGGAAACGUCUGCAAAACACAUGCUGGACGCUUCAAAAUUCGUUUGCAACGCUUAUUGAUCUGUAAGUUUACCGGAAAUAUAGAAAAUAAAAUGUCUGCGCAAGUUGAAAGGCAGUGGACUGAUGAGCAAUUACAUGGUGAUGACGUCAGUAAAAAAGAAUUGAUAUCUUUUCUUCAAACUCACUCAACAUCAGAGUUUUUAGCUGAGCAUAAACUUCUGGGGAGUUUGAAAAAUGUCACCAAAACUUCGAAAAGAGAUGCCUUAGUGAUUGCUUACAAUGCUUUGUUUGAAACUUGUGCUUUUGGAACUGGUGCAGGGGACAAGCCUGUCGCUGAUUUGACUAAAAAGGUCGAGACAUUGUCCACUAGUGAAUCGAAGGCAAAAAAAACUACAGAAGAUGACACUGGCCCACCCAAGUUCAAGAAAACCAAUGUCUUGAAAAAGGGGGACAAAACAAAUUUCCCCAAACCAGGGGACAAAGUGAAAUGCUAUUAUGUAGGUAAACUAGAAGAUGGGACUGUAUUCGACAGUCUUACACAGGGAACUAAAAAGAAGAAAAAUCAGCCUUUACAAUUUAAAGUCGGCAAGAGUGAGGUGAUCAUUGGUUGGGACCAGGCUGUCAUGGCGAUGUCGGUUGGAGAGAAGUGUGAGGUCACAAUUGAGCCUCAAUAUGCUUAUGGGAAAGCUGGAAAGCCAGAAGCGAAGAUUCCUUCCAAUGCUACGCUGUAUUUUGAGAUCGAACUUUUAUCCAUUGACUGAUAAGAGUCGCUGCAGUUUUGACAAUAUAUUACAUUUUUAAAGUCCAUACAUCUGAAAUGAAUAAGCGGUAACUGUUCCUAUUCCUGGCAACAUGACAAGAGGCCGUGGUUCGAGAUGGGAUUGAGUUAUCCUUAUGAGCUCCUCUCAUCUGGGAUAAAUAUAAGAAUCCUAUCUCUAUUUUAAGCCCAUUAUAUAACAUUCCUUAAAGGAAAACUGGCAACUGUAAUGCCCCUUUUUUCCAAUUUUUUUUAAUGCGAAUGCUUUUUCCAACCCAAUGCUUUAUAUCAGUGGUUUCCAGAGUUAAUUGACUGGAGGCCAAAAUUAGAAGUGGAAGGAUAUUGGCAGGCCAGGAGAGGGGAGCGCCCGCAACAGUCCGUUUGUUUGCUGCUGUGUAAAGAAGAUUUCACCUAAGAAAAUUCCUUUAUAGAGUAUUUUCUGAUAAUCGAACAAGGGACAGUUGUUUGCCACGUUACCUGCUUUCUAAUUCACUGGGUUCAAUAAAAAGCAUUCCAUUGGACUGUUAGUGAAAAAUUGGAAUCUGGAUUGCUUUAUGCUUGCAGAAUGUUAUAUUUUCCAAAGAUCAGAAUUGUUCAAGUUUGCUAUUGCCUAACCAAUUAUUAUUAUUUUGGCAUGGGGUGCGUAUUUCUGACAUUUUGUAUAAAAUGAAUUUUGGUUCCAGAACAAGUCGUCAUAAACCCUGAUAUUUCAACUUUGAUGUUAAUUAACAAAGGUGUCUUUGCUAAUAACCAGUUUUGAAAUUUAUGUCUCUCUAUAUUCCAAA